CGGACAUUCAAAUUCGUUCUUUUCAUUAAUUUCUGUUGAAUAUAUCAAUAAUGUUUGUAUUUUACUCAUGCUUUAAAUGAUUAUAAAAACAUUGUACUUUUAAUGAAUUCCGUUACUCGGCACCUUUCUUAUGAUUGAGCCUGUCAAAAUUUUUGAAUGUAACCAACGUGCAAUUCCAAAAAAAUGAAACGAUUAAAGAGUGAAUUAAUUAAUGCAACAAUUGAAUCGUAUUUGAAACGGCGUCAUUAUCAGACUAACGAGGUUUUCUGCAAGGGUAAUCAAGUACAUUGUCGAACCAGUGAUGAAAUGACACUGAAUGCAACUGCUGUUUCUGCAACAUCUCAAGAUAACUCCAUCAUUUUCAGUGCCAUUAGCAUUGAUGUUGCUGCUGCAGACCAAGCGUAUCAACGAUUAAAGAUGUGGGUAAAUAUUGCACUCAAUGAUAAGUUGAAAAUGGAAUUAAAAGGGCUUUUAUACCCUGUAUUUUGUCACUUAUAUUUAGAGAUGCUACACGCUGGUAACAGGCAAGCAGCAAUUCAGUUUUUAAAAUUACAUCAAAAUGAGUUUAACAGCGAAACAGAAAAAGACUUUUUAGAAGAGCUGUCCAGUGUAUUUUCAGUACAGGAUAUUGAGUUGAGACCUUUGGUAAAUUCCUUUAGAACUAGAAAGUAUAAAGUGGAUAUGUCUGAUAUUGCUCACUUAUGUCUUCAACAAUUUCUUGCAAAGCAUGGACACAUUAUACUAAUGCAGAUAAUAAAUACACAUGUGACAAUAAUUAAAAAAAUGGAUGUGCCUGAAACAGAUAUAGAAGGAUGCGAAGAAACAGGUUCACGAUGUGAAGUAGGUAUUAAUGGAUAUGUAGAGCAGCCAUCGGGAACUGGAGCAGAUCGUGAAAUGCGAGAGUUGCAAGAAGCUAUAAGAUUAAUACGAAAUAAUGCACAUCAACCUUUGCGAAUAUUCACAGUGAAUAAUGCUAUUGAAAACGCGAGUAGCGGUGUGAUUCCACCAAAUAUGGAUAAAUUAGCAGUAGGAUUUAGUACUACAGAAAUUAGGCUGUGGGGUAUAAAUGAAACAGUAUUAAUUAAGCCAAAGUAUGAGGAACCCUCCUUCUCGUUUGCUUCUGAUACUCCAUUUUUACACAAAUUUUCUGAAACUGCAGACAGAACGACCGAAGGAGGGGCAGUGAUACUUAGAGGACAUACGGACAUUGUACAUGAUUUAAGGUUUAUUCCAGAAUCAGAAAUUUUACUUUCUGUAUCUAGUGAUAAAGACAUGAGGGCAUGGAGACUUAAUGAUUACUCAUGUGCUGCAAUUUAUAGCGGCCAUAGUUAUCCUAUAUGGUGCAUGGAUCUUAGCGUGUUCAAUUUGUAUGUGGCAACCGGUUCUCACGAUAGAACUGCUAAAUUAUGGUCGUUAGAUAGAAUAUUUCCAUUGCGCAUAUUUGCUGGUCACUUUUUAGAUAUAAAUUGCGUAAAAUUUCAUCCGAAUGCUCGGUAUUUAGCAACCGGGUCCGCCGAUAAGACUGUCAGGUUAUGGGAUAAAGACGACGGAAAUUUAUUAAGGGUAUAUAUUGGAGCACAGUCAACAAUUUAUAGUUUAGCCUUUAGUCCCGAUGGAAAGUAUCUGGCAGCCGCUGGCGAUGACAAGUCUAUCUCUGUUUGGGAUUUAGCGACUAAUGCAUUGUUAACUGAACUUAAAGGCCAUGAAGACACGGUUAUGAAUUUAGAUUGGAGUUUUGAUGGUCAAUACAUAGCUAGUGCCAGUCUGGACGGCACUAUUCGUUUAUGGCCUACUUACGAUCACAUUAAAACUGCCAAUAGCAAUUCAUCAAAUGUAGUACCUGAAAUGGAAUCACCACAAAUAUACUCUACUUAUUGCUCGAGUAUACUUUCCUUACGUUAUUACAGUAAAAAUAAUUCGCUCGUGUGUAUUGGAACGGUGGACAAUUUGUAACAUAUUAAAUUAAAGAAAAUUAAAUCCAAUAUAUUUGUAAGUGCGGUCUUUCAUUAUUUUUGCCCUAUAAAUACUUUUACACUGAAAGUAAACUUUUAAUACUGUAUCACCCCGUC